AUUGGGUUGGGUACGUCGCAGGGUAAUUUUGAUUUUUAGGUCAAAAUGCCCUGUAGGAAGACAUGCCCGACCGAAGUCUGGCAGUCCCCCACUGCAGGAGGCCACCCUGCACGCCGUGUCGUGGGCCCGGCACGCGCUGCGCUGCCAGCAGGCCGAGGACCUGGCCCUGUGGGUGGGGGACCCCGCCGCCUGGGUCGCGCAGGUGGAGCACUGCGUGGCGCACAACCAGCGGUUUCUGAGAUCCAUUACACUGCCCGGGCCCAUCCUGGCGGGGUCCCGGCGGCCAGGCGGCGGGACGAUCCCGACGGAGAUCCCCGCCGGGCACCACGUUCGCGGCGGCAAUGCCUCGAAGGUCUCCUCGACGCUGCGGCAGUUCGUGCGCGACUGGUCCGUGGAGGGCCAGGCCGAGCGAGACACGUGCUACAACCGCUGCUCGGCGCCCUGGUCCGGCACCUGCCCCUGCCGGAGGAGUGGUCCGAGGACGCCCCGUGGACGCGGGUCCUCUGCCCUGGCUCUGGGCUCGGGCGCUUGCCCUUCGAGGCCUCGGCGAUGGGCUACGCGGCCGAGGGGAACGAGUUCUCGUACCACAUGAUCUUGGCGAACCAGUGGAUCCUGAAUCUGACCGCGGGGCCGCUGGAGAGCACGUCAUCUACCCCUUCGUCGAGUGCUUCGCCGGCCGGAGGGGCAGCGCCGACCACCUGCGCCCGGUGCGGAUCCCGGACGUCUGCCCCUCCGACGUGCUCACCGCGCACCACGGCUUCUCCAUGGCCGCCGGCGAGUUCGUGGAGGUGUACGGAGCGCAGACGGGCGAGUGGGACGCCGUGCUCACGCCGUUCUUCAUCGACACGGCGAAGAACAUCUUCCUCUACGGACAUCCGCACGAUCGCUGCCAUCAUCCGGCCGGGGGGACUGUGGGCGAACGUGGGGCCCCUGCUGUGGCACUACGCGGACGUGGCCGACGAGGUGUCCAUCGAGGUUAGCUGGGAGGAGGUCAGCCCCGCGAUCUGCAGAUACUUCGACAUUCGGGAGGAGCGGCGCUGCCUGUCUUACUACACCUCCCAGCCGGGCUCGCUGAAGAGGACCUCGACGGCUUACAACUGCAUCUUCUUUGCCGCCAUCCGCAACGUCACGCCCGUCGAGGGCCGUUCCAACCCCGUCUACUGAUCCUCCUCCUCCGUCCUCGUCCCCCCUUCUGAUCCCUUCCUCCUCGCGGAAACUGGCCACAAACCUUCCGUCGCGUUUUUUUUGGGGGAGCGACGCCGCGGCCCAGAGCCCGGGCCGCGAGGGCGGGCGCGGGCAGGGACCCGCUCGCCGCUCGUGGUCGGCCCCGGCAGGGUGGCCCGACCCGCAGGCCCGGUUCUUCUUCUUCUUCUUCUUCUUCUUCUUCCUCCUCCUCCUCCUCCAACUCAGGCGCUCAAGAUCACUGAGAGAAGGCUGGCGAAGGCGCUGGAUGAAUGGGAGUCGGCACGUGGGUGGGUUGCGAAGAAGCAUGCGGAGGUUGUCAAAUUACGUGAGGAGUUAUCUGAGAAGGAUCGCAUUCACACGGACCUUGUUGGGCAGUUGCACGCGAAUGUAUGUAAGCCGCCGCCGAUCCUGUCCAACACGGCGACGCAGAUCAACGUUCGUGACCUACUCGACGGUCGAUUGUCGGAGAUCAGUAUUGUUGGUGGUGACGAGCUGCUGGGAGUUCCUACAGCUGAGUACGACUUCUCCUCCGAGGACGUCGAGCUGUUGCAGGCGAAGCAGAAGGAGCUGCUGGCAGGAGUUCAGGAGCUGGCCACCACGCUGUACUCGGACCUGGUCGCCACGCUCGACAAGGCCAAAAAAGAACAUCGAGAACAGCUCGCAAGGCUAUCCCAUAAGAAGAGGAAGAUUGGCGAAGGUGCACCUCCAGGAGGCGGGGAAGCAGCAGACGGCGCUGGCGCCGCGGGACGCGCGGCGGCUUCCUCAGCUGCCAGCGCUCCCACCGCGGGAGGCCCCGCCGCAGCUGCUGCCGCUGAGCCAAUGCCUGGUGGUGACGGAGCGGCCCUUCGUGAGCGGGCGGCACGUGCCGCAGCCAAGCCCCCUGAGGCCGCGGCAUCUCAGCCUGCGCAGGCGAGCCCCCCUGGACGCGGUUCCGCCAACUGAGUCCAGGGGGGGUCCCCAGUCAGUAGACAACUUUUUGCAGAAUCAGCCAGCACCCCAUCUUUGGGGGAAGUGUGCGCAUUGGUGAUGGUUUCUUGAGGGGAGCACGGGGGUACGUCUACCCCGACUGUCGCUCCCACGGCGUUUGCUGAGGCCUGGUGAGUUGUCCCUGGCCACAUCGCCUGGCCCUCCGCUCGGUCCGUGUGCGUGCACGCGUGCGUUUCGUGCAGUGGGGCCCACUCUUUUAGUUCUGGGGCUAUCGCCCCGUGGUCAUGGGUUGGAGGUGUCGCUGCGGACAGGAGCUUGGCUCCCAGCCCCGACACGCUCGCAGCCGUGGCCUGCGUGUUUUCCGCAUGUCCUUUGGUACAGUCGAGGGCAUGCGGGCUCCGAGGCACACUCCACGGGCAGGAUCUUGCUUGCGGCAUUGAUACCCGCCUAACUCUGGUGGGUUCGUUGUCGCGCGUCCUCCCGUGUCGAGGGCCUCUUUGUUCCUUUUUCCCUCAGAUCACCUGUUGGGCAAUGUUGAAUGG